GCCGUUAUCUCCUAUCUUGAAUCAAACUAGUAAAGAUGGUCCUUACAUUAGAAGAAGUAGCUAAACAUAACACACAAAAAGAUUGCUGGGUUAUCAUUCAUGAUAAGGCAUAUGAUGUAUCUGAUUUUGUGAUGGAACAUCCGGGUGGUCUGGCUAUUAUUUUGAAAUAUGCUGGUAAAGAUGCAACCAAAGCAUUUGAUCCAGUUCAUCCUGGUGAUACUUUAGUUAAAUAUUUGAAACCAGAAUACCAUAAAGGUGAGGUUGAGAAAAAGAAGAAAUCAGUCAAACCUAAGCCUGAGCCAGAAGUUGAAGUAUCCAGUUCAAGUGAUACCGUGGUUGACGAGUAUGAUGUUGAAUAUGAUGAACAAGAAGGUAAAUUGCCAAUUUCUGCUACUGUAUCUGCAGCCGCUGAUGCAUAUGAAGAAGAUGAUGACGACGAUGAAGAUAAUGAUCCUCGUGAAAUCGAACGUCGUAAGAAUAUCAAGAAUAAACCCGAUCUUUCUCAAAUCUACAAUCUUAAUGAUUUUGAAUUUGUUGCUCGUCACACCAUGGAACAUACUGCAUGGGCUUAUUAUUCUUCAGGAUGUGAUGAUGAAAUUACUUUGAGAGAAAAUCAUCUUAGUUACCACAGAAUCUUCUUUAAGCCUAGAGUUAUGGUUGAUGUUACUAAUAUUGAUCUUAGUACAACUAUGUUAGGGGCCAAGGUAGCACUGCCAUUUUAUAUUACUGCCACUGCAUUGGGUAGAUUAGGUCAUCCAGAUGGAGAAAAAGUGCUUACUAGAAGUGCUGCAAAACAAGGUAUCAUUCAAAUGAUUCCUACCCUUGCUUCCUGUUCAUUUGAUGAAAUUGUCGAUGAGGCUACUGACAAGCAAACGCAAUGGUUCCAGUUAUAUGUUAAUUCUGAUCGUGAAAUAUGUAAAGAGAUUAUUGAACAUGCUGAGGAGAGAGGUAUGAAAGGACUAUUCAUUACCGUGGAUGCCCCACAAUUGGGUCGUCGUGAAAAGGAUAUGAGAUCUAAACAAAUUGAAGAUAUAAGUCAUGUUCAAGGUGAUGAUGCAGAUGUUGAUAGAAGUCAGGGUGCAGCAAGAGCCAUCAGUUCGUUUAUUGACACUUCCUUGAAAUGGGACGAUUUGAAAUGGUUUAAAUCGGUUACCAAGAUGCCUAUUAUUCUUAAGGGAGUUCAAUGUGUGGAAGAUGCAAUUAUUGCCGCUAAAUUAGGAUGUCAAGGUGUAGUUUUAAGUAAUCAUGGUGGUAGACAGUUGGAAUUUUCCAGACCUCCUUUGGAAGUCUUGAUUGAAUUAAUGCCAGUUUUAAGACAACAAGGGUUGGAUAAGAAUUUCGAAGUUUAUAUUGAUGGUGGAGUUAGAAGAGCUACUGAUAUUCUUAAGGCAAUGUGUUUAGGUGCUAAAGGUGUGGGAAUAGGUCGACCAUUUCUUUAUGCUAUGUCAACCUAUGGAGAUGAAGGUGUAACUAAAGCUAUUCAAAUCUUAAAAGAUGAAAUGGUUAUGAAUAUGAGAUUAUUGGGAGUUACCUCCAUUGAUCAAUUAAAUGAAAGCUAUGUGGAUGUAAGAAACAUUACCAACCGCGUAGUGUCCCAAGACAAAUUGUUUGGUAGUGUAUACGAACCUUUGGCUGCACCAGCCUUUAAGGACUCCAAGUUGUAGAGACUAGAGGUUUAUACAAUAGAUACUACUAAGAAAACUUAUUAUAACAUGUAAUGAAACUAUGUAAGCGUGCCUUUAGCACUAUAUGAUUUUCUGCAGGAAUAUGCUUGGACGGCUCGAGAUUUACAUAUCUCGUAAUAGGUUACUAACCAGGAAAUGCCGUGGGUAAACAAGAGUCGGAAGAUGCUAAAUAAUUUGACGAGAUUUGAUUGCCGGGUAAUGAUAAGCUAAUCUCGGUAAAAUAGCACAUGUUCGGAACAAGAACAAUGAAAUAAUUCUAUCCGAUUACAACUAACAAUGUUCAUCUGAAUUAGACAUACACAUCUCGAAUUUC